AUGACGAUUCGCAAGUUGGACGGCGAGAGCUCCAAGCUCUUUGAGCCCUUGACCAUCGCCAAUGGCAAGAUCAACCUCUCCCACCGCGUCGUCCAUGCCCCCAUGACGAGGAACCGCGGCGUGCCCGUCAACGCCACCAGCACCCCGGAGAAUCCCAACCGUCUCUGGUACCCUGGCGAUUUGAUGGUCGAAUACUACCGUCAACGUACGACCCCUGGCGGGUUGAUCAUCUCGGAAGGAAUUCCGCCGUCGCUUGAGAGCAAUGGCAUGCCAGGUGUGCCCGGUCUCUUUACCGAGGCCCAGGCGGACGGCUGGAAGCGAGUCGUCGACGCCGUCCACGCCAACGGGGGAAUCAUCUACGCGCAGCUCUGGCACGCCGGACGUGCCACCAUCCCCCAGAUGACUGGGUCCCCGGCGGUCUCGGCCUCCGCAACCCCCUGGGACGACCCCUCGGAAGGCUACUCUCAUCCCCCCGUGGGAUCGACCUCCCAGGUCCCCUACGCGGACCACCCGCCGAUCGAGCUGUCCGUCCCGCACCUGAAGCAGACUAUUCGCGACUACUGCGCCGCGGCUGAGACGGCCAUGAGGAUCGGCUUCGACGGCGUCGAGUUGCAUGCGGGUAACGGCUAUCUGCCUGAGCAGUUCUUGAGCUCGAAUGUCAACAAGCGAACGGAUGCCUAUGGCGGGUCGCCCGAGAAGCGGUGCACCUUUGUCCUCGAGCUGAUGGACGAAUUGGCCAAGAGCGUUGGCGAGGAGAAUCUGUCGAUCCGCCUGUCGCCGUUUGGACUGUUCAACCAGGCUCGAGGCGAGCAGAGGCUCGAAACUUGGACCUUCCUCUGCGAGUCGUUGAAGAAGGACUUGCCCAAGUUGUCGUACGUCAGCUUUAUUGAGCCGCGCUACGAGCAAAUUUUCAGCUACGAGGAGAAGGACAAGUUCCUCGGUAGCUGGGGCCUGAAGGACGUGGACCUCUCGCGCUUCCGGAAGAUCUUCGGCGACACGCCCUUCUUCUCGGCGGGUGGCUGGAACCCCGAGAACUCCUGGGGUGUUCUGGAAGACGGGCGCUACGAUGCCCUGCUCUUUGGACGUCACUUCACCAGCAACCCGGACCUGGUUGAGAGACUGAAGCGUGGUAUCCCCUUCGAGCCGUACCACCGUGCUCGCUUCUACGGACCGUUCGAAGACAAUGCCACCUACUAUAUCGACUAUCCUCCUGCUGCGCAGAAGGCGUAA